UCUUGUAGUGAAUUUAUACAAAAGAUUGAAGAAUAUGACUUCUUCACAGGAGAGGUGGAUUCAUAAGACGAAUACAGAGAGCUUGAACAACGACAGCCUUGUUGUGGAUGUUGAAGUGAAUGAAACAAGGCAAAGUUCCAAAUUACUGUUAGGAGCAGCUUUACUUUAUUCAGGAACAGUCAUAGGUGCCGGAAUGUUAGCCCUUCCGUUGGAAACUAUACAAGCUGGAUUCGCUCCUUCUAUAGUAGCUCUCAUCGUUUGUUGGUGUUUUACAGUAAUAAGUAGUCUCUUGGUUUUGGAAGCUACCUUCACAGCAGCAGCUGCCAAAAAUAGUUAUUGUGUGAGUUUCCUUUCUAUCGCUUCUUUGAGUCUAGGUUUCAUAGGCCGCAUACUGACUUGUGGCUUAUACCUUUUCAUUCUUUGGGCUUUGUUAGUUUCCUAUAUUGCUGGAGGUGGAGAUAUCUUAGUGUUCAUAUGGUCUUCUGUCGUUCAUGCUGGCUUUCAACAUUGGGCAGCCUCCUUGAUCUUUAUGAUAUCUUUUGGUCUAGUUGUAUUCUUAGGUUCGAGUUGGUGUGAUUAUCUGAACCGGUUUUUGAUGGGAGCUAUUGUCUUAUCCUUUUCUAUUCUGGUAGUAUGUGGACUACCAAAGGUGCAAUAUGCUUUUUUGGGACAUCAGGAUUGGUUGGCUAUUUGGCCAGGAGCUAUUGCUGUCGGUAUUAUUGCUUUUAUGGCACAGAAUGUGGUUCCUGUCCUUGUUUCUUAUGUGCAAGAUGUUAUAUUAGUUCGUAGAGCCAUUCUACUUGGUAGCAUACUACCCCUUGUGAUGUAUAUCGUUUGGGAAUGGAUUGUGUUGGGUAUUGUGUCUUUUGAAAGUGGAACGUCCAAGUCCACAGACUUUGUUACAAAAGCACUUAGUAUAGCUUCUGGAUACCCUGGUUUGGUGAAUAUAGUGGCAACCAUCUUCUCCUUAUUCUCCAUAGCUUCCAGUUUUCUAGGAGUUGCUCUUUCUUGCAUCGAGCUUUAUCUAGAUUUUAUAGACGCAUUGCAAGCAAGAGGCAUAUUCACGGGAAUGUCACCAAUAUGGCGGAGAACCAUUUCCGUGAUAGGAAGCUCACUUGCACCGUUUUUAUGCGCGAUUUUUCUUCAAAAUGCAUUCGUCGUAGCAAUGGAAAAUUCUGGUUUGCUUGGAGGCUUGAGUAUUUAUGGAGUGAUUCCAGCAGUGGUGGUUUUGAUACAACGUGCACACGAAAGAUAUCCACCUAUGCCUGGUAGACUACCUGGUGGUAUAAUAUCAUUGAGUCUGUUUCUGCUCUUUUGCAUCGCCAUUAUCCUGUUACAGCUGGCGAAACUUUUAGGUCUAAUUAAAUAAUAAAUGGACUCAAAAAUACACCAUAAAAUUUCUGGACUUUGGUAUCCCUUUGAAGACGCAUUAAAAAGGAGAACAAAUCAAGUACUACAAAACAAAGAAAACAUCAAUUUUUGUU